AUGGCAGACAAAUCACCUAAAAGUGGUAUCAAAUAUUAUGCUCUUAUGUUUACAAUCUAUGCCACAUGCGUUCUCUUCGGACUGAUAGAGAAUGCGAAGAGUGUGGCUUUUCCCCUAAUUAAAGAUGCUUACAAGCUUUCUUAUGACUUUCAGGGCUAUCUAGUAUCUAUUUCGUGGUAUGGUUAUGUGAUUUUCUGUUUAGUCGCUGCUUUUGUUCUUGAUCGCUGGGGUUGUAAGGUGGGCAUAAUUUCUGGUUAUACUUUAACCCUUGUUGGAUGUUUGGUAACAGCUGUUGUUCCCUAUUUCCUAACAGUAGUUAUUGCCUUAAUGGUUGUUUGGAUGGGCUUUGGAUUCUUUGAGGUCGGAGUCAACGUGCUUGCAACACUUCUUUUUACCGAAAAUAGUGCUGUCUAUCUCAACUUGAUCCAUUUUUUCUAUGGUCUUGGAGCUAUUACUGGACCCCAAAUCGCGUCUGGCUUUGUGAACUGGCUUAAGAUGGGAUAUAAGGGAAUCUACUUAGCCGAGGGCAUUAUCACCUUUGUUGUCCUAGUAGUUGUGAUUCUCACUCCCUUUUCCAUUCUUAAGAAAGUGGACUCCCCACAAAAUCAGGAACCAUCCAGCUGUGGUAAUCUUUGCUCUCUCUUUAAAAGACCUUACAUUUGGCUCUGCUCUAUUACCCUUGGAUUCAUGGAAGUAAUCGAGUUCGGAGCCUCCAAUUGGGGCGCUCUUUAUUACCACGAUGUUUAUGGUCUGGACGUAACAAAAGAAGGUGCUUUGUUUGUGUCGAUGUUUUACAUUCUCUUUGCUGCUUCCCGACUUCUCAGUGGUUUUCUCAUUGAGAAGCUUGGCUACUAUGUAUCCCUCUUCUCCUCUCUCGUCAUAUCUAUCAUCAUCUACAUCGUUGGUUUCCUCUGCGGAGUAAACGGACGUUGGGUGAUUCCUUUCACUGGAUACUUUAUCGGUAUUUUGUUCCCCACGUACAUGUGCUUACUAAUGCAGAUUUUUGGGGAUGACUCUGCACGCGUUUCCUCCAUUAUCAUCUUCCUCUCCGGAGCCACAAACGGCCUCAUGCAGCUUGCUAUUGGAUACAUUAACGAAUUCAUUGGAAAUCAGUGGGGAUUCCGCUGCAAUAUCAUCUACACACUGAUCCCUAUCAUUCUCUUGUAUUUCGUGAGAAUGCAUGCUAAAAGGAUGCACAAAAAGGAGAAGGAGCAGAGCACGCAGUCAGCUUCGCAGGAACAAAACGUUCAGGAAUCAUCGAAGUCUGUGGAGGUGGAAAUGCAUCCAAUGGAAGAGAAGGAAGUGAAAGUGGAAACGGCACAAGACAAUACGUAUGUAAUCGUUGCUCAGGAGAAGAGCGACAUUUCUCCCGAAAUAGUCGCUGUCGAUCCGAAGAAAAAUCCUAACGGUUCAAUUCCAGAAGAGAAGGCCGUUUCGAAUACGGUGUAGAAAAGUAAAUGUUUUCGAAGA